GUAUUUGUCCUAUUGUUUGAAAAAAAGUAUCGCCCGUGCUGUGGUGCAUUUAGUGUCUGUUAUCUUUUGUUUUGACUCGGAUAAUUUCUUGUCAUUUGUUGUCCAAUUUACUGUUUGUCUUUACUGUGAAACUUAAAAAGAUCCCAAUAUAUUAUACAUUCUAAAUGAUCGUACACUGUUGUAUUGUGUUUAUCAAGUCCUCUUACUUGGCAAUAAACCGUUUCUGAAUUCGGAAUAUUAUAAUAGGCCAUUUAUUUUCGACCAAAAUCCACGUUCGCCGUUCAAAGUGGAGGUGGACUUGGUGUUUGAAAGCAGCAUAUUAACUGUUGUGCUCACAUAUCAUAUAGUAAUAUUACAAAAAUGCGUGAGUCAUGUUGAAAAACAUUUUUUUACGGGAAACCAUUCAUGAUUGUAGCUCUCAAAAUUCACCAACUUCUUUACAGGCAGUGUUAAGACAAAAAUGACUUCACACAAGGGUCCUGCUAACAUCUCUGUCCAUGGCAAUGACGUCGAUGGAAGGGUAAUCAGCUGAUUCGAAGCGAACGAAUUAACCAAAAUAUUAUAGUUUCAUCAGUCAAAAGUCGGUCCACAUCCACCGACAACUGAAGAUAUUCGGUUCGGACAUUGUUGACAUGGUUUAUUUGGGGUCAUAUGAAAAUAUUCUCUGUGAAAAAAAGCCGAUCUUGAAUUGGACAGGACUCUUUUGAUUGUCAUCAUGGACAAGAUUUUGGAGGGUCUUGUAAGCUCAGAUCACUCUGUUCCAGUAAAGAGGGCCAUUGUGAAGAAGGUAGUGGAAGCAGCGGAAAAAGAAGUGACGGAGGAGCAGUGUCAGGCAUUGUUUACCCUUACCACCCGCCUCAUCUUGCUUGGUGAAGAUGCAUUUCAGAAGCAGAUCGGCUACCAGGUUUUGGAAGCCUACGCCCGUUACCAUCGCCCGGAGUUUGAGCGCUUCUUCAGUAAAGACUUUGUCCUCGGCCUUCUCCAGCAGGGCUAUGGCCAGCUGGACCGCAAAGACCCGGCCACAAUAGACUACAUUCACUGCUGCCUGCGGCUGGUCAUCAGCUGCCCCUCUGUGCUUGAGAUCUUCAGCGUGAUUCAGGUGGAGGUUUUAAGGAUGGUGUGUGAACGCCCAGAGCCAGCUCUUUGUGCCCACCUGAGCACUGUGCUGUCAGACUUUGUGCAGUGCAUCCCAAGGGACAAGUCUGGUGUCUUGUUCUGCCAGCAGCUAGUGAGGACCAUCAGCUACUUCCACUGCUUUGCCAGCCAAGAACGGGAGCUGAGAGAGUAUGUAGGUCAGGUGACGAAGGUCAGCACACUGCUGCAAAACAUCUGGAAGGCGGAUCCAGCUACACUGCUUCCCUCACUGCAGGAAGUGUUCUCAAUUAUUUCUUCCACAGACCCCUCCUUUGACCCCUCCAUUGCUCUGGCCAGCCUGGUGCAGCACAUCCCGGUCCAGAUGAUCACCGUGCUCAUCAAGAGUCUCACCACAGACCACAAUGUCAAAGAUGCUAGCAUGACUAAAGCACUCUGCAGGAUGAUUGACUGGCUUUCUUGGCCUCUGGCCCAACAUGUUGAUACCUGGGUCAUUGCUCUGCUGAAGGGACUGGCUGCCGUUCAGAAGUUCACUAUCCUCAUAGACGUCACUCUGCUUAAAAUUGAACUGGUAUUCAGUCGUCUGUGGUACCCCAUUGUGCGGCAGGGAGCGCUGUCUGUGCUCUCCCACAUGCUGCUAAGCUUCCAGCAUUCUCCCGAAGCCUUCCAUUUGGUUGUCCCACACGUGGUGCAUCUCGUCCAGUCUUUGAGGACAGACGGUCUCCACAGCAGCAAAGCAUUCUUGCUGCAGUUCACUGAGCUCAUUCACUGCAUGAUGUAUCAGUACUCUGGCUUCCCUGACCUCUAUGACCACAUACUCGAGGCCAUCAAGGAUCUCCCAAAACCAGGGGAAGAGAAGAUCAAGCUGGUGUUGAAUCAAAGUGCCUGGACGUCCCAAUCCAACUCCUUCGCUUCAGGUCCUCUGAGGCUUCUUGGAAAGUCUGAGACUGGCAAGACUGGCCUGGUCAACCUGGGGAACACUUGCUUCCUGAACAGCAUCAUCCAGACUCUCUUUAUGGCGACAGAUUUUCGGCGGCAUGUUUUAUCGUUGCAUCUAAAUGGCUCCAACCCGCUAAUGAAAAAGCUCCAGCUGCUCUUUGCUUUCCUCGCACACACUCAGAGGGCAGCAUAUGCCCCCAAAAACUUCUUGGAAGCGUCUCGGCCUCCCUGGUUCAAUGUUGGCUCUCAGCAGGACUGUUCGGAGUACCUCCGAUUCCUUCUCGACAGGUUACACGAAGAAGAGAAAACACUUCAAGUCCUGGAAUCGGUUAAGCCAAAGGUUCCUCCCCCUGUUGACACAAGCAGCAAAGACCCAGAAGCUCAGAAUCCUCCGGAGAACUGCGAGAAUUCAUCUUCGUCUCCUGACGAAAUGAAACCCGAGAAUGACGGGAGGACUUUGAUAGAAAGGACGUUCGGCGGGAAGCUGAUCACAGGUAUCCGCUGCAUGCAGUGCAACUGCAUCUCUGAGAAAGAGGAGCCUUUUACAGACCUCUCCUUGGCCUUCUGUCCCUCUGCCUCUCAGGGCAGCUCUGAGCCCGAAGGGCCCAUUGAGCAACCCACGGUCCUCUGUCAGGGAUCAGUCAAUGGCGGCAGUGAAACUCCUGAGGCGAGCUCGGCCAAAGCACCGGCUAGCAAUGUCCAUUUUGUGCCGGUGACGAAUGAGCCUGCUUUGUCCGUGCCUGACUUGGUGAACUACUUCCUGGCUCCCGAGAUCCUGGACGAGGAGAAUGCCUAUUUCUGUGAGAAGUGUAGCUCCCUCCAGCGAGCGGAGAGGACCAUGAAAGUGGUGUCGGCACCUGAAUACUUGAUCCUCACCCUGCUGCGCUUCUCGUAUGAUGCCAAAUGCCAUGUCCGGAGGAAGAUCUUGGACAACGUCACCAUCCCGCCACUCAUGAGACUUCCCGUGCACGCCCCUUUAAUGCCUACACAAUGUUCCUCUUGUACCUCUUCUCCUCUGCAAGUGGAUUCUCCGGAGAGCAGCGAGAAUCUGGCCAAGAAGCUCAAGCCGUCUCAAAGGGAUGAGGAGGAAGAAGAGGCGGAGGGAGCAGUUGGGGCUGAGCAGAUGAAUAAAGGGGCCGAGAUGUCGGUCCAGUCAGUGCCGUAUGUCCUCAGCUCGGUGGUGAUGCAUUCUGGGAUGUCGUCGGAGAGCGGUCACUACUACUCUUACGGUCAUAACAUUAAUGGAGCCGACGGAGCACAGCAUCCAGCCAACCACUUUGCCCUGGUGGAGGAUUUGGAGAAUGGCCACCCUGACUGUGGCCUCUCCACCUGCUCGGCUCUCUCAAUGCCACCCGAGCGAGGAGUCGCGCUACCUAAUAGUGGCCAGGAGGCCAGGGAUUGGCUGCUGUUUAACGAUAGCAGGGUGACAUUCACGUCCUUCCAAUCAGUGCAGAACAUUACCACUCGCUUCCCCAAGGACACGGCGUAUGUGCUCAUGUACCGGAAGCAGAACAUCAACGGGGCACUGAUGGCGAAUGGAAUGCGAUUGAGUGUUGAGCCUCCGCUGCAGAAGGAACUGCUGGAUGCUAUAAUCAAGGACAACAAGCUCUAUUUACAGGAACAGGAGCUCAAUGCUCGGACCCAGGCUCUGCAGGCCCCGUCAUCCUCCUGCUCGUUCAGGCCCAACGGUUCAGAUGACAAUAACCCACCAGGGAGCUGCGGCCCAUCUGGUGGAGGGGGUGGGGGCGGGGGCUUCAAUACCAUUAGUAGGCUGGUCUUCUGAGGGGAAAACCAGACGAAUGGCACUAAGAGUCGAGAACUGAUCUUACUAUAGAUGUGACUAUAACCUCGUGAAAAGAGCACUGAAAUGAUCUAACACACACACACAACGUCAGCGCUCAUUCUAAUACUACAGGUGAUUUUGUUCUUUCUAAAAGAAAAUUCAAUAGAACUUUGAUCUCAACGUUGUUAUUGUUGAUCAACCUUCCAAGUUUGAAAACUUGAGCUAGACAAUACUUGGUGCAAAUGUAUUCUUCUCCCUUAAUUGAAAUAAUAAAAGAAUAACAAUGAUUGUGGAUUGCAUACGUGGCUCACAAACUUUGUGUAAUUUUUCUGAUUUGCAUGAUAUUUGGAGCAGUGUGUGUGCUUUGCUGUGUUGUACAGGUUUCAUAUCCCAUGCAAUAAAUGUACAUAUGACUUCAAAUAUAA